AGAUAAAUUCACAUCAUCUAAGCCAUCCCGUUCUUUCACUAUCUUCAUCUUACCCUAAUUUUAUCGGACGAGCAAGAUGGCUGACGCAAUUUGGGCAGAGAUUGAGCGUUCCGAAAGUUUCCUGGUUUGCUCCAUGUAUGAAGAGGCUGCAUCCUUAGCUUCCUCCAUAAUAAAGAAAAUAGGCCGACCCAAGCAUUCCGUUGAUGAUGAUUUUGAGUUUGAUUUGUAUGAAGCCAUGGAGGCCGCUGGUAUGGUCUUGGUUCAGUCCUUGAAACAACUUUCGAGGACAUCUACGAUUCUGAAUGAGCUCAAAACUUUGUUUGUUUCAGUUGAAGCAAUCCCUGUUCAAGUUCUUCUUAUUGGUGUAUGUUUCCAAAUAUCAGAAGGUUCUACUUUAGGAGCCAAAGAAUUUCUUGAGGAAUUUAUAAGCAAGUGGAAAUACGUGGACGAACAUUAUUAUGUCCUUGCUAGUGCUGAAAGAAGUUUGAAUUUCAAGGAAGGAAGUGAUAGUUAUUUUGUCCUGGGAACUGAUACGUAUAUUCAAGUUGUUGAGCUGUAUGCUGUCAUGCUUCUUGGAACAGUUUCCAGUGAUGUCGAUCUUGCUAUCUCUUGGGUCAAGCAAGCUGCUUUGCCAGAGAAAAACCGACAGGAACUUUUGAGAAGAUUGCACUCCCUAUAUUCCACAAAGGUAACUCAUUUAUCACAAGGCUCCUUGUCACCUUUGCCUCUAGCAAACCAUGAAUCUCAUUCUUCUGCUAAGGGGUCAAAUGUGUCUGAGGGGACAUCGAGAGGAUUACAGGCCAGCUACCUAAUUAAUGGAGAGAAAGAUUUAAAGCAGUCCAAUUUGAAAUUGUACAGACAAUCACAUGGCUUUUUAUCUUGGUUUCGUAAUAUCACUUUGAAGUUUGGUAAUCAUCAGAUGGUCAUAUCAAAUGGUAACAUUUUGAUUGGCUGUCUCAUCCUUUUCGUAUAUUACAUCAUUCGAAGGAAAGGAGUCUCUUUACAGAGGAUUGUUAAGAGACAAGCUUUGUUUGUGAGGAAGCCUUUGGUGGACUUGUGGGAACUUGCAUUUUCGUACCAAGUAAAUCCGCUUGCUGCUAUUCAACCCUUGACUGCAGCGAGCUGAUGAACCGACACCAGUUGCGAUCGAGACGGAUAUCAAUGAAAGUUUUAAUCACUGCUCCUGCAACUUAAUUUGUUUUACUUCACAUUCAGUUGUCUUCCGCUG